AUGGUUAAGUUCUUUAUUAACGUCCCAUCCAAUAUCAAAGUUCUUGCUGCUAAGGUGAAAAACACACAGAUACACGGGAAUAAUUUUACUGUCUUGGGCUAUUCAUUCCGGCAAAAGGGUCAAGAAUUCGAUUAUGUUCAUGCAUUUGAAGAAUUUGAUGUUGAUAAGAUUGAUAGCAUGUCCUGCUACUACCAUGACUCUAACACCAGGAUUACUUCUUUGUUCAGAAGAAUUUGA